AUGAAUACCAAACAAUUGUCUAGCAAAGAUGGAAGUAAAGUAGGAAGAAAAUUAAACAUACUAACUAAUAUUAAAAAAAAAGAGUUAUAUGAAUUCAAGAUCACUAAUCCAACCAAAACGAAUAAAAAAAUUAGCAAAAAAUUCAGAAUUGGUAAAUCGACAGUUGGAGAUAUUCUUAAAGAGAAGGCAAAAUGGCUUGCGAUCAGCUUAAAUGCAACUCCAGAAUAUGGAAUCGAGAUUCCUACUUUAAAUAUCUUAAAUGUAAUUGAUUGGGUUGCAGAAUCGUGGAAGAAUGUGACCGAAGAUCUACUGGAUAAUAAAAUUGAGAUAGAAGAUAAAAUCGUUCAGUUACUUAUUGAUCAAAUGAUCAUUGAUAAUGCUGUUAUAAGAGCAGAAGAUUAUAUUGAUAUUAAUAAUAUUUUGGUAAUAAGCGAUAUGUUCAAUGAUGAUGAAAUUAUUGCAGCCGUUCAAGAGAUAUUUGAGAAUGAAGGAGAAGAUGAAGAUGAGAAUGAGAUAUUGAUGAUAUCUAACAAAGUCACCUUAGAAAGCAUUCAAAAUUUAUAUGAUUACUUGUGA